UAAUUUCAUGCCCUACGUGUGCCGGACCACAAUGUUUUGAGUCCAACACUAUAAAAUGGCUUUGAACAAUUCACAGCUUUUCAUCAACAACGAUUUAUCAUUCAUUACACAUAUGAGUAAGAUAGCUGCAAAAAUUGCAUUUUACAAUUUUGAAUGGCGAUACGUUACUUUGGUUAUGUUUAACAAUAUUAAGUUAAUUGGUUUGGCGACAUUCUUAAGCAAUUACAACCAGUCGGUACAGUUAAAACUGGGACAAUUUAUACCUCAUCGUCGACUCGCAUCAAUACAUCAAGUCGUGUUGUUUGGACAGGAAUCUUCAGAGAUAGCAGAUAUGCUUCGAUGGCUUGCCCAGAACCAAUAUGAUACAACAGGAAAAUAUGUCAUUUUGUGCUAUUCUACCGUAAGUGAAAAAUGUGGUGAUAAAGUAAUGUUCGAAACAUUAUCCAAUGUUUUUAUAGUAAAUGUGUUAUUAAUUAAAGGUUCCCUCGGAGACAAAGAGCCCACAAUAUCUUCGUAUUUUCUUGUUUUACCAGAGAAAUGCCUGAAUAGCGAUCCUGUAAAGUUAAACAUUAGUUUAAACUGCCCGGAUGAUUCUUGUUUUAACUCAGUUUACCCAAAAAAGUUUUCGAAUAUGUAUCAGUGCCCUUUUAUUGUGUCAACAUUUGAACAAGAUCCAUUUAUGCAUUUGAGCAAUGAUAGCGCUCCAAAAGGUAAAGACGGUGAUCUUUUGACUUCAGUGGUGGAUAUUUUGAACGCUUCACUUGUCAUAAAAACACCAAAAGAUGACAGCGACUGGGGCGAAUUCGUGAACAACAACUGGACGGGGUCUCUCGGGGACGUGUUCAACGGCGUAACUCAAGCUGCGAUGUGCUCCGCUCUGCUGUCUCCUGAUAAAUAUGCAAAUUUUCAAAUUUCUUUCACGUACAGUUCCAUGGAUAUACCUAUAGUGUGGGCUGCAGGCCUACCUGCCGUGAAGCCGGCCUGGGUAAAACUGUUAUACCCUUUGAAAAUUAACGUAAGGAUGCUAAUACUUUUUUUAUUUAUUGGAAUAAUUUUUAUGAAUACAUUUACAAAGACGCGUGCUUGGAGGAAACUUAUAAGAGCCCUGAGAAUAAGCCCGCUGAAGUCGAACUUGCUAUUUUAUUCUUGGGUUAUAUUUAUGGGGCUGCCUGUAAUUAAAAUACCCUCAAAGCUAUCUCUACUUAUGGUGAUCGGAACCUGGAUUUGGUUAUGCUUUUUUAUCAGGACGGCGUACGAGGCGGCGCUGAUAAGCAUUAUGAAACAGACUAUUCAUGACGAGCCAUUUGAUACAUUUGAAGACGUCCUUGCGACCAAAAAGCCAUUUGUAGGAAUCAAUAUUUACAAAGAAUAUUAUUCAGAUGAUAAUUUCUUAUACGACAAUUAUAUCGCCAUGAACCUAGCAGAAGGGUGCCAAACUGUAGACAGUAUUUCAAAUGGCAGUUUAGACUUUGUGAUUGCUAUGAACGAAGAAACGGUUUAUUUUAGGCUAAUGAAGCAUAAAGGUACAAGACAUUUGCAAAUAAUACCGAAAAAGAUUGCAAAUAUCCCAACUGUUAUAUUUUUCAAGAAGUUUUCUCACUUAACUGCUCCUGUAAGUCGUAUCUUGAGUGCUUCUCUGGAAGGCGGAUUUAGUGAAAGAAUGCAUGCCCAUUUUUUCAGAAAGGGCAUUUCAUUACUACGCAACUCGAAGCAUCAACGCACAGAAGCGCUUCGCCUGGAACAUUUUAUGGGCAGUUUUCUGGCUUUACUCGGCGGUUACGUUAUUUCGGUUAUAUUUUUUGCUGUUGAAGUAAUAUGUGGACGAAUUGUAAAUUCUCAAUAUUAAGUAGGUA